AUGCUUCAUACAUCCCGUCCAUCUGUCAAUAGCGUUACGAAAAGACAGCACGAGCACAAUGGAUGUCAAAACGAGGCCACUAAAAUUUCCACCCUUGUCCGAGAAAUUGGACAUGAAUUGUUAAAAAGAAAAAUCUCUCGGCCCGAUAAAAAAUAUCCGGCUGGGUAUUGGGAGAUUGAAAGGGGCGAAUCACUUAGCGUCUUCAAUUUAUGGGUAAAUCUGACCCGGGAGAGUUCCGUGGUCAGACUAACAAUAUUACGCUAUCCACCCGGCCACUGGAUUGAUAGGUGCUCAGAUCAGCUAUUUAUAAGGGGAUAA